UGGUCAGACCAGCUAGUCACGAUAUGGAGACCGCAGCGAAGACGAACAUCUUAUAAGAACAUUAUAUCAGAUGGUCAAAAGUCUGCAGCUACUGAUUUGCUAUCUCCCGCUUCCUGCAUUUACCUUCCAGAAGCAUAAAGAUGCCGAGCAACAAGUCGGAGAAACAGGAGGUGAGUGACAAUGUGAAGGUGGUGGUGCGAUGUCGACCACUCAAUCAAAAGGAGAAAGUCAGCCACAAACAAGCUGUCAAUGUGGAUGAGAUCCGAGGAACCAUCACCGUCAACAAACUUGACUCGCAACAGGAGCCUCCAAAGACCUUCACGUUCGAUACUGUUUUUGGACCAGACAGCAAACAGCUGGAUGUUUACAAUCUGACAGCACGGCCCAUUGUUGACUCUGUGUUAGAGGGAUAUAAUGGUACCAUUUUUGCUUAUGGGCAAACUGGUACAGGAAAAACGUUCACCAUGGAAGGUGUCAGAGCUGUGCCAGAACUCAGAGGCAUAAUCCCGAAUUCCUUUGCUCAUAUUUUCGGUCACAUUGCCAAGGCAGAAGGAGAUACCAGGUUUUUGGUACGUGUUUCGUAUCUGGAAAUAUACAAUGAAGAAGUAAGAGACUUGUUGGGCAAGGACCAAAUGCAAAGGCUAGAGGUUAAAGAGCGACCAGAUGUUGGUGUGUAUAUCAAAGACCUCUCUGGUUAUGUGGUGAACAAUGCUGAUGACAUGGACAAAAUUAUGACCCUUGGCCACAAAAAUCGCUCUGUUGGAGCUACGAACAUGAAUGAGCACAGCUCCCGCUCGCAUGCCAUAUUCACCAUCACCAUUGAGUGCAGUGAAAAGGGUGUGGAUGGAAACCAACAUGUUCGCAUGGGAAAACUGCAUCUAGUCGAUCUGGCAGGUUCAGAGAGGCAGGGCAAAACAGGAGCGACUGGUCAACGCUUGAAGGAGGCUACAAAGAUCAAUCUCUCUCUGUCCACACUGGGCAAUGUUAUCUCUGCCCUUGUGGAUGGCAAGAGCAAACAUGUGCCGUACAGGAACUCCAAACUGACACGUCUGCUGCAGGAUUCACUCGGUGGAAACUCCAAGACAAUGAUGUGUGCAAAUAUAGGUCCUGCUGAUUAUAACUACGAUGAGACUAUCAGUACUCUGCGCUAUGCCAACCGGGCUAAAAACAUCAAGAACAAGGCCAGAAUCAAUGAGGAUCCAAAAGAUGCCCUACUGCGUCAGUUUCAGAAGGAGAUUGAGGAUUUGAAGAAGAAACUUGAGGAAGGUGAAGAGAUCUCAGGCUCUGAAGGCAGUGGCUCAGAAGAAGUCGAUGAAGCUGAUGAAGAAGGAGGUGAUGCAGGAGAAGGACGCAGAAGAAGAAGAGGGAAAAAGAAGGUUUCUCCUGACAAGAUGAUGGAAAUGCAAGCUAAGAUUGAAGAAGAGAGAAAGGCCUUGGAGGCAAAGCUGGACAUGGAGGAAGAGGAGAGGAACAAGGCGAGAGCUGAGCUAGAAAAAAGAGAGAAAGAUCUGCUUAAAGCUCAGCAAGAGCACCACCUGCUGCUGGAGAAGUUGUCGGCUUUAGAGAAGAAGGUUAUUGUGGGCGGCGUUGACCUCUUGGCCAAAGCUGAGGAGCAGGAGAAGCUUUUGCAGGAAUCCAACAAUGAAUUGGAGGAGCGGCGCAUGAGAGCCGAGCAGCUCCGUAGAGAGCUUGAAGAGAAAGAGCAAGAGCGGCUGGACAUCGAGGAGAAGUACACAAGCCUUCAAGAGGAAGCUCAAGGAAAGACCAAGAAACUUAAGAAAGUAUGGAACAUGCUGAUGGCAGCCAAAUCAGAGAUGGCCGAUCUACAGCAGGAACACCACAGAGAAAUUGAAGGACUUCUGGAGAACAUACGGCAGCUAAGCAGAGAUCUGAGACUGCAGAUGCUCAUCAUUGACAAUUUCAUACCCAAGGAAUAUCAGGAUAUGAUCGAUAAUUAUGUGCACUGGAAUGAAGACAUUGGCGAAUGGCAGUUGAAAUGCGUGGCGUACACUGGCAACAACAUGAGGAAGCAAACACCUGCACCGGACAAGAAAGAAAAAGAUCCAUUUGAGGUGGAUCUGUCCCAUGUAUAUCUGGCCUACACCGAGGAGAGCAUGCGGCAGUCGCUGAUGAAACUAGAAAGGCCCAAGUCUUCAAAAAGUAGCAAAAGUGGCAGACCAAAGACCGGCCGGAGGAAAAGAUCUGCGAAGCCUGAUGCUGUGAUAGAGUCCCUCCUCCAGUGAAGUGGCCGUGAAGACAUCAUCACCCUGACAUCUAAGUAUCAAAGUCAGUGGUGUGUAGUUGCUGGUUGUUAUUUAUAAAAUGAUCUGAACACACUGUAUAGCUGGCAGCCGUGUCAAUACGCUGCCGUCAAGGGAGCACCCGCCGUAGGACCAAGAUCUUGUGUUAGUGGUUUUGUGGAAGAUUUUUCCCAACACUUCAAUCUUCAUAUGCCACUUGGCCAAAAAAAAAAAGGGGUCAUCAUUUCAUCGUCACUUUCUGGGUUUUAAUAUGACAAAACUGCACAGUGAUUAAACCUGAAUUGCUCAAUUUUAUUUGAUAUUUCUAAGAAAAAGUCUAUAUGAGAGUGUUAAAUGUUAAAGUGAUAAACGCUAAAGAAGUCACUGACAAGAGUCCUUAGGUUGCACUAGCUUUCCUUUUGCUGCUGUCACUGAGCUGAGCAAUCACUGCAUAUUGUCUGGUCUUGCUUGUGGUGACACAGUCCUUCGUAUCAAACCGAAUGUAUCACGUUCUCCUGCUAGCACUCAUAUUGUAUUCCUCACGGCUCUGAUUCUUCCUGUCGAGACAUUUAAUUCCAUGUGGUUACAAUACAUCUCUGACCAGGUUCGUAUGGGCAAGAGGAACAUGACCAAAUCACUGCAGACACCUGAAAAGGUCUGACAAUAAUAGCAAAUCAAAAAUAAGAAUUAAAAAAGCAAACAAAUUGAAAUCCCUAUCUAUCUAGUGUCUUCACCGAAGAAUGUAAUAACCAUGCUAGAGCUGUUUGUUAUCUAAGAGGAGUGCGAGGCUUCAGUGACAUUUAUGUUGACUCUCGUACAUCUCUGGAUACAGUUUACUCACACUUCUUAGAUGGCCUUUAAAGUUAUCUCUGCACUAUCACGUCUCUAUUCAUCUGCCCCAAAAGAAGAUCCGUUGAUGUACGUUGCAAAAUGAUUUCUGCAGACUUUCACUCUAGAUUGCAUAAUCGAUCAUGAAAAGGUUUUGUAUGUGAAAAGCUGUUAUAAUGCUGUGUGAAAGGGGAGAUUGUUUGAGCCUGGUGAACCACAAAACACUCUUAAGAGUCAAAAUCAAUGUAAGCUUUUUUUUAAACCACGUCUCUGUUGUCAGUCAAGUUUUUAAACAACAUUGAAGCGUGUCAGAUGUUAAGCACGUUAUUUAUCCCUCAUAGCUGUGUACACCAUGCAUGCCUCUUUUUUGUGACUUUUUUUUUUCUUUUUAAAUGUCCAAAAACCAUGUUUGAAUAAGAAACUGUAUGCCUUAGUACGAUGCACAAUUUCUCUGUGGUCAUUUGAUUUCAUAGUUGACUCAUGUUGUCAAAUAUUUACAUGCACCUAACCCCUGGAUAUUUUAUUUAUUAAAUUAUUUGAAAUGUUUAAAAUCACA